AUGAGGACCACCACGCUCGGCAUCGCCGCCGUGUUCACGACGCUGCUCACCGUCGUUACCGGCCGUCCCCAUGAGCUGCGCGGCGCUAAGAUCCUUCAGAGAGCCGACGAGGUCGCGGAGGAGUAUGACUACGUAAUUGUGGGCGCUGGCACCGCUGGCCUGACGGUCGCGGAUCGUUUGACCGCGGAUGGAAAGACUACCGUUCUUGUGAUCGAGUACUGUCAUGUCAUUUCCGACGAGGUCACUCGCGCCGGUGGCGGGCGAAGCUUCAACGACCCGGGCAUCCGCUACAACAUCACCUCUGUUGAGCAGCCCGAUAUGCAUAACCGUACCCAGGCCGUCCGCAUCGGGUGCUGCGUCGGAGGUAGCUCCGCCAUCAAUGGCAUGGUAGCAGUCCGCGGCACCCGGAGUGAGUACGACGGCUGGGCUGAGCUCGGAGGCCCCGACUCCACCUGGGACUGGGACGGCGCCUUCAACAUAACCUGGGACCCCGACGCCUGGGGCAUGGAGGAGGACACCCACAUCUACGCCUCUUUCCCUACUUACCAGAAUCCCAGCAUCAGCAAGUCCCCUUCUCUCCCUGGCCCCAAUCCGCUCCCCAAGCGUUACUGCGCGCGCGCCACUAACAGCCCAUCACAAACAGUCCCCAUGUACCAAGCCAUGGCCAAGAUGCCCCGCAUGGACGUCCCCCUCGACGGCGCCAACGGCAACAACGGCCUCUUCUGGUUCCCGUCCAGCCUCGACCCCAACACCUACUGGCGCUCCUACGCGCGCACCGGCCACUACGACGGCCUCGUCGACGAGCGCGACAACCUCCACGUCAUCACCCGCCACAAGGUCCGCCGCGUCCUCUUCGACGACGACCUCGCCGCCACGGGCGUCGAGUUCUUUUCCCGCGACGCCGACGCCCCCGAAGAGGAGGAGGAGGAGGAACCGGCAGCCGGCCCCGCGACCCAAAUCGUGCGCGCCCGGAAAGAAGUGAUCCUGUCCGCCGGCACAGUGCACACCCCGCAGAUCCUCCAGCUCAGCGGCAUCGGACCCAAGGACCUCCUCGAGUCCGCCGGCAUCGACGUCCUCGUCGACAUGCCCGGCGUCGGCCAGAAUUUCCAGGACCACGCCUACCUCAGCGUCGGCUACCGCUGGAACAACGGCGCCCCGCCCGCCCCCAACGACUUUGAGGAGAUUGCCGCCCGGUACGAGGCCCAGGACCCCGCCGACUUUUUGCCCGCGGACUCCCACCCUUGGGUCGUCGCCGGCUACGCCGACUUCCAGAAGCUGCACGCCAAGCUCUUGCGCAGCAAGAAUACCAACAUCCUGUGGUACCCCGUCGGCGGCUCUCCCGGCGGCAUCGUCAUGAGCAUGCACAUUGUCAGCCACGGCACCAUCAACAUUGACCCGGCCAGUCCCGAGAGCGAGCCCAUCGUCGACUACCGCGCCCUUUCUAACCCCGUAGAUCUCGACAUCAUGGUGGAGAACAUUCGGUUCUUGAGGAAGUACAUGGCGAGUGAGGACUUUGCCGAGUACGAGCCUGAGGAGACUAUGCCUGGGAUCGAUGUCGAGGGUGAGGAGCUGGAAGAAUGGAUCCGUGAGCCCAAGGAGAAGGGAGGUGUUGUUGAUGAGGAACUUCUCGUCCACGAUGUCAAGAACCUUCGAGUGGUUGAUGGUUCUAUCAUGCCACUUUUGCCGGGAGCCAAUACGCAGCAGCCCGUUUAUAUGCUUGCAGAAAAGGCUGUCGAUCUCAUCAAGGCUCGCAAUGGCGGAAGUCCCGAAGCGGAGGAGCCCACCGAAGAGCCUAUCGAAGAGCCCGAGGAGCCAGCUGAGGAGCCAGCUGAGGAUCCCGAAGAGCCGGUUGAGGAGGAUCCCGAAGAGGAAGAGCCCGAAGAGGAUGAAUAA